AGGCCAUUUAGCUUUGUUGGCAAGUUGACUCAAACGGGCAAGGCAAGGAAAUCUCCACUAAUUGACCAUUACCAGAUCUGGGGUAUCUGCUUUGUAGGACUUCAGUUUCAGAGUUCAGUUUAAUGUCUGAAUCAGAAGCUCAGCUUCCUACUGCCUUUGUCGCUGAUGUUCUACUGUGGAAGAGGUGGCACAUUUCCUUGGGUGUCAUUGUUGUUGCUACAGUUGCCUGGAUCGUGUUUGAGUGGACCAAUUUACCAUUUUUAACAAUAUGUUCAGAUGUCUUACUGAUUUUGAUCGUACUGUUGUUUCUGCAUGCUAACUAUGCUGCCCUUAGAAAUAAACAACCACCAACAUUACCUGAACUAGUUGUGUCAGAGGAGAUGGUUAAUAAUGUGGCAGCUUCAUUUCGGGUCAAAAUCAACAAUGUUCUUCUUAUAGCCCAUGACAUCACUAUUGGCAAGGAUUUUAGAAUUUUUUUCAAGGUGGUCAUUUGUCUGUGGCUCUUCUCUGUCAUUGGCAGUGUCUUCUCCUUCUUUACCCUCUCAUAUAUUGGAACCCUUCUUAUGAUUACCAUUCCUGCAUUGUACCAGAAAUAUGGAGGUUAUGUUGAUAAAUGUUGUGGAGUUAUAAACCGCCAACUUUCAAGACAUUAUAGAAUAGUAGAUGAGAAUGUUUUCAACAGACUUCCAAGAAAUAUACCAAAGGAUAAAGAGUCUUGAUUUCCAAGGUCUUCCAACCCUUUUCCUGUUCAUUGUGUGAAAUAAACUAUUCCAUUGUUGUUGGUUAUGCUGUUUAGAAUCUUACAAACUUUGUCUCUGUUCAUGCCAACUAGUGGCAGUUUUCAUUUUUCUGUCUUCUGAUAGAGAAAGGUGGGAAGCUUUUGUGUACAUAGUCGGAGGAUUUUGAUUCUAAAAUGUGGUGAUCUUUUUGGGAAAACCUUGUUGAAAAUUUUAUAGGAGUUUCAUUAUUUUCUAAUGUUAUGCUUCUUACUUUUAAUGUAAGAUAUAUUUGUUUU